AUGAUGGAAGUCGAGUCCUCCUACUCGGACUUCACCUCCUGUGACUGGACAGGCCUUUGGAAUGCAGUCCCUGACAUCCAGGGUGACUGGGAGGCUGUGAGAGUGUAGAAGCUUGGAGACCUGGGCGAGCUCGCACUUGAGGGGGCAGAAGGACAGGCAGAGGGAAGUACCCCAGGCAAGGAAGCCAGCAGCCAGCUGGAGAGCAGUGACUGAACGCCUCGUCCUGAGUCUGCCUGUGGUCCUCACAGGCUGAGAGACACCUGCUGUCCCUCCUGCACUGGAGCCCUGGCCAGCCAGGCUGACUGAGAGCCUCAUGAGUCCUCCACUCACACCACAGGUUCCUCUUCCCCACCUCCCCAGGUGCCCAGGGUGCCCAGGUGCACUUCAAAGGUGCUAUUUACUCAGCUGGGCGGGGCUGGAGCCAGGCCCUGCCCCUAGAUGAGCAGCUGCCACCUGGACAGGGACGUCCCGCCACCACUUACCCCUCCAGCCAGCUCCCUCUAGCCAGCCGUCUGUUGAGAA